CAUUGCUUUGGAAAGAUUCAUAUUUGAGAUCUGAUGACUAAGUGGUGGUGGGCACAGCUGCUUUAGAAUCAGAGAUAAAGGAAAGAAGGAAAACAAAUCCAGAAUUGCCAUGAGAAAAUCUUGCUGACAUGUAAUGCUGUCAGAGCAUUUAUAAAGAGCAGAAACCCUAUUCAGUGUCAAUCAGAGGUGCCGUACCCAGGGACCUCUCAGUGAUGAAGUUGAACUGCUUGAUGACAUCCACUACCUGUCUUCCUCCUCUGUGUAGAGGGAUGUGCAGUGGAGUUCUGGAUUUGGAAGGAUGAAUAUUUAAACAGCACUCUUCAAUCUUGCCUCAAAAUGUCCCUGUGCACAUCUUCUCACAAGGACUUUUCUCAGUUGCUGCCACUUCAGGAUAUUGGAUGCAAUAAAACAGAAAUUAAAAAUUCACCUGCUGGUGUCAUCUCUCCAGUUCCUUACAGCUGCAAUCAGUCCACGCUGACAGCAGAGCACAGUCCAGUCUACAUCCCCUCGUCUUACAUGGAAAACAGGCACGAAUAUUCCUCAAUGGCAUUCUGCAGCCCCGCUAUGGUGAAUUACAACAUUGCCAGCAAUUUUGGGGAUCCAGAGGGCGUGAGUGCGAGGCAAACCUCCAGCCCCAGUGCGCUGUGGUCUGCUCCUGGCCAUCUGUCCCCUCUGACUCUGCACUGCCAGUCCUCACUGCUGUAUGCAGAGCAGCCCAAGAGCCUGUGGUGCGAGGCACGACCCAUGGAGCCGGUGCUGCCCGGGAGCAGAGAAACAUUAAAAAGAAAAUUUAAUGGCAAUGACUGUACAAGCCCAAUUGCAAAUAAUCCUGGCUCGAAAAAGGAUGCCCACUUCUGUGCAGUCUGCAGUGACUAUGCUUCAGGAUACCACUAUGGGGUCUGGUCCUGUGAAGGCUGCAAAGCAUUUUUUAAGAGAAGCAUUCAAGGACACAAUGAUUACAUCUGCCCAGCCACCAAUCAAUGCACAAUAGACAAAAACCGGCGCAAGAGCUGCCAGGCAUGCCGGCUGCGGAAAUGCUACGAAGUGGGGAUGAUGAAAUGCGGCUCGAGAAGAGAGCGCUGCGGGUACCGAAUCCUGCGCAGCCACCGCAACCCCGAGGAGCGGGCGCAUUGCCUCGGCAGGGCCAGGAGGUACAACGAGGCAGCGACGCGGGUGAAGGAGAUCCUGCUGAGCGCCGUCAGCCCCGAGCAGUUCGUGCUGACGCUGCUGGAAGCGGAGCCGCCGCACGUGCUGGUCAGCCGGCCCAGCAAACCCUUCACCGAGGCCUCCAUGAUGAUGUCCCUGACAAAGCUGGCCGACAAAGAGCUGGUGCACAUGAUCGGCUGGGCCAAGAAAAUUCCCGGCUUCAUCGAUCUCAGCCUCUAUGACCAAGUAAGACUCUUGGAGAGCUGCUGGAUGGAAGUUCUAAUGAUUGGUUUGAUGUGGAGGUCCAUCGACCAUCCUGGCAAACUGAUUUUUGCACCAGACCUUGUUUUAGACAGGGAUGAGGGGAAAUGUGUAGAGGGAAUUUUGGAGAUCUUUGAUAUGCUCCUGGCCAUGACCUCGAGGUUCCGAGAGCUGAAACUGCAGCACAAGGAGUAUCUGUGUGUCAAGGCAAUGAUCCUCCUCAAUUCCAGCAUGUUCCCUUUGUCAGCAGAGGAGCCUGAAAGCAACAGGAAGCUGCACCACCUGCUCAACGUGGUCACAGAGGCUUUGGUGUGGGUUAUUGCCAAGAGUGGGAUCCCCUCACAGCAGCAGACAACUCGCCUGGCCAAUUUGCUGAUGCUCCUCUCUCACGUCAGACACGCCAGUAACAAGGGAAUGGAGCAUCUCCUGAGCAUGAAGUGUAAAAACGUGGUGCCAGUGUACGACUUGCUGCUGGAGAUGCUGAACGCUCACACCCUGCGAGGGCAAAGGAAGUCCCCAGACACACACCCUGAGUUUGGCCCACUGGAGCCGAUGGAGCCUGGAGACAGCCUGAGGAAUGGGGCACCCCAGUAAUUGUGUCGAGACCAGGAAACGUGAGGCUUUUUCAGAGCUGUGGGAGAAAACAGAACUGCUGUGAUGGGGCUGCAGAAGUGUGACCUAGUGGGAGCUCUCAUCCCUUCUGGAUUUGCACACUGGUGUCUCGGGAGAGGCCGUGGGGAGCUCACCUCUGUAUUCUGACAUUGCAACAGCUGCACUGCUAUAGUGCCUUUUCUGAGACUCUGCAAAAGCACCUUAUGAAAUCAAGCCUCAGAACAGCACUGUGGGACAGGGAAUUGCUGCCUCUCCUUUUCAGAGGCAGAACUGAGAGGGAGAGGUAAAGGGACAGGUCUGAGAUGGCAAAGGAAGCUUGGAGAGAGCAUGUUGGUCUCUGUCUCGCAGAACAAGACUUUUGAGCACUGACUGAACAAUGUCCCCUUUCAGCACAGGAUGGUGUGAAAUGUAGAACAGCAUCAUUUGGGGCAGAUGUUUACCUCUGUGUGCUGGUCCCUGGGGAACGCCUGCUCUGCAGCUGAUCUACAUGAAGUGCUGAGAUACACACAGUGUGAAGGAGCUUAUUCUCAAAUAUGCAAUGGCUGCAAGGGCCUUCAUGUGAAGGUCAUUUGAAAUAGCUUCUAGGGCCAGUUCAGAGCCCCUGCAGAAAGGUUAAAUUAAUCUUAAGUUUGUAUUUUGUGAGCCCGUUCUUAACACUCACAUUAUUAUCUGCUUAUAAUUCUUCAGUGCUUUAAGCAGCUCUCGACUCAGACCAAAUCGUCUGAACAUUUCAGUCAAUGCUGACCUUUGAAAUGUGUUUUUGUCUGUGAGAUGAUCAUGUUGUUUUAUAUAUUUAUUAAUGAUGUUUAAUCUAUUCUAAUAAUUAGGUACAAGAAGUUGCUCUGUGAAUAUUAACUGUUUGUAUUUGUAUAUGAUCUGCUGAUCAGGCCUUGUGAAACCAGCUAGAAAAAAAAAAAAAACAAACUUCCCACCCCUUUGUCCGGUGUGUGGAAUUAUGUCCUGCCCGCCCAAAACCUCUUGCAGGGGGUGAGGCACUGGAUGGGAACGUGGAUGGGGAUCUGUUUUUUGUCUGCUGCCCUGAGGUUUGCUGCUUGCUCGCUCUCAGCAUGCAUGGCACCUUGUGCUGUGGUCUUCAUAUCUUUAUAGGAGCCCUCAAAGAGCGAGGAUGGGGAUCAUGGUAAAUGUAAAGACAACGUGAGGAUGGGGAUAAUGGUAAAUGUAAAGACAACGUGAGGAUGGGGAUAAUGGUAAAUGUAAAGAUAAUGUGAGGAUGGGGAUAUAAUGGUAAACGUAAAGACAACGUGAGGAUGGGGAUAUAAUGGUAAAUGUAAAGACAACGUGAGGAUGGGGAUAUAAUGGUAAACGUAAAGACAAUGUGAGGAUGGGGAUAUAAUGGUAAACGUAAAGACAGCGUGAGGAUGGGGAUAAUGGUAAAGAUAACAUGAGGAUGGGGAUAUGGUAAAUGUAAAGAUGGGGAUAAUGUAAAGCACUACUCUGCUUUGCAAGUGUUGAUGACUUGUUUGAAUUACACUGAAGAUGUAGUGGUUUAAACUUCCUUUUUGUGCUGAUUUCUGCAUGUGUUUAAGCUGCACUGAGUAAAAAAAAAACCAACAAAAAACAACCUGAUUAAAUGGCCUAGCUGAGGACCUCAGAGAUCAGCAGGGUGGCAUCCUUCAUUCUGGUAACUGUCUCUCUACAUGGAAACAUUUAAAUAUAGCACAUGCAUGUUCUGGGCAUUAUGGUGAAAUACAUUGGGAUCACACCGAAAGUCUAUUUUGAGCCAAUUAAGUCUUUUGCAUUAGGGACUUUGAUUAGUAUGUCAUUUGCAUAUUUUGAAUAUUAGGCAAACCGUUAAUCUUGGUGGGUUUUUUUAAGCCAAGGACAGUAUUUUUUUAAAGGAGGUUUUCAGUGAGUUACACAUCUAUUGUCUGUUUUGAUCUUGUACUAUACCAGAUGCUGCUGCUGAUCUAAAUUUUUACUCUCUGCCUUUUUAUUGUUUUUAAGAAACUGUAACAUAGCAGUGUCCUUCUAAAGACGUGUAAUAUUUACAAUGAAAAAAAGGAAAAAAUGUGAGUAGUCUUGAAUUUAUUGGUACUUUCAUUUUGAGAGAUGUUUUGCUGUGAAACAAACCUGUCUUAGUAUUUCUUGGGCUUGAUUGUGUUCUGGCCUCAUUGCUUGUUGUGUUGCUCUUUCUCUGAUUUUUCCUUAUCCUGUGUAAUCUUUUGGUUUAAUACAGUUUUUCAAAGAAAUGUUUAAGUGAUUUGUUUGUCUUGCUUUAAAAGUGCUGAGUUUAUGUAUGAUCUUGGAACAAACCUUUUGAAGAGGAAAUGGAAAAGACUGGGUAUACAUCAUGAAAUUACCUUCUAAAUGGAAAUUUGCUGUGAGUUGACUCUGUAAAAGGGAUAUGCUGCAGUUUUGUGCUACAUGGUGGUGUUCAUAUAUGUUGCUAUUAGUACAGUGCAAAUAGGAAAACAAUGUGAUUUUAAUCUACUUUUUGUCUUGUUGAACAUAAAUUUUAUUAAAAGUUACUAACGGUGUUUUAAAA